ACAGGUCGAAUGCAGGUCUUGAGAGGUAGGUCUUUCGUCCACACACCAUACCACAUCACACCACACACGAUACCUCCGUCUGUGUGGACGUGAGCGCGCGAAAAAAGAGAGACCGAGAGCGAACACAUAAAUGAAUGUGCAUCAAAAGGCUGGCUGCACUUUACUUACUGCAUUCAGUCGCGGGGGCCGCAUUGCAAAUGAUUCGGCCCCCCAUACGAAGAAACACCACUCAAAGACACGCACAGACCCACAGAUAAGAAAAGAACAAGACCAGCAAGUCAAACAAACAAACCGACCGACCGACCGACCGACCGACACACACUGGGGACUCCCUCCCCGUCGCCAUUCGUCAUCUCUGGUAGUGAGCCCUCCACACCCUUGUCUCAAUGUCCUCGCCCAGCAGCCGCCUGGUCGCCUCGCGAGUCCCCUCGGACGGCAGCCCCUCAGUCGUGCAUAUCGUGACCGAGCAGCUCGAGGCCCGUCCGGUCGCCCACUCGCACAGAUGCAUCACGGCUACAUGACCCCCCUCGACCCCGGAAGUGAGCGGAAUCAGCCGGUGGUGGUCAUGGUGCCUGCGCUUCUUGUCGUACACAUGCGUCUGUGUCGACUCGGUGUGGCCAUCACUGGCAGCAUCUUCGCUGCUUUGGGUUUUGAGCAGCGCACGCACCUUCCUGGAGCAAGGGGACGACGGCCGGAAGCUGCACGAGUACCGGCGGUGCUCAGACUGGUUGAUGCUGCUCCGAGAGAACAGAGCGACGAGGGCGAAGGCCACCAUGCAGGCGUAUGUGGGAUGCACGUCGCCAACGAGCUCUGUCGGGGGGUUGCCGGGGUCGAAUGAGUCCACCGGAAAGAGGUCGCUGGGCCUGUCGUGGACGACGCACGGGGCAUAGGCAUAGCUGUACGGCCGAAGCAGAGAAUCUCCCUCCAUCACUCGGAAGGCCCUCCCAGUGUCAGGAUCCUCCAGGGUCAGCUCCUGCGACAGCAGCUUCCACUGCCGCACAGCUGCAGGCAAUCGUAGGUAUGCGUGGAGCCUCGUAAAGGCCGCAAAGGUGGCGUCGGUGAGCACCAGCGGCUGUUUCUUCCGCAUGAAGAACAGCAGCGCCAGAUGGGUCCUCCAAAUCCUCCAAUCGCCUCCAUAUUCCAGAAGCCACAGCCGCCUGAUCAGCCUCUGAACCAACUCUGCGGUCCCGCCAUACUCAUUUCGGUGCGAGGGGAGCUGUGGGAUGGGCACGACAAGAGACUCUCCGAAGCCGAGGGAUUCCACAAAGGCUGCCAGACGGGCUUGGAGGUACUCGACACCCAGCAAAUGCCACCGUCGCCUGUCCACCAGCCGGAGAGUGAGAACGACGGCAAGAUCUCGGAGGGGAAGGUACCAAGUGACGAUGGACUUCUUCAACUCAUCAGGAACCGCCGCCCACAGUGACUCACUCAUCCUCCGCACUUCUUCGAUAUGGGAUGAGGAAGUGGUACCGCGCUGAUAGCAGCUGCCGGCGUUAGGUCCAUU